UAUCUGAGAGCCAAGAUUGGAGAUUUUUGUAUUUAUUCGCAUUAUUAAUACUCUUUAAAUUCACACAACAGAAACAAUGGAUAGAUCUCUUCUAAAAGGUAAACGUCUCAAUUCGACGCAGGCUUGUGAUAGCAGCUUCACGGAUUCUGAUAAGAAUUCUACGGUCGAAAAGCCAAUACCAAAGAAAAAAAAAAGGAUCUCAGAGGUUUGGAAAUAUUUUAAGAAGUCUGAUGACAGACUAUUUGCUAGAUGUCUAUGCUGCGGUAAACUUUAUAAAACGAGCGGAAAUACAUCUAAUAUACGUGACCAUUUAAAAAGAUUCCACUCAAAUGUAUCUGUGCUUAAGUGCAGCACACUCACUGCAGAAGCUUCAGUGAAUAACGGUAACAACAAGGACACCAAUGACAACAAUGACGACAACGAUGAUACCGACGACAACGACGUCAAAACUGAUAGCAACAAUGACAAAAACGACAACCAAGACGAAAAUGGCAACGGCUACGACAAGAUCGCGUCUUCAAGCGGCAGCUGUAGAUCCAUGAGUUCAGUGGAGUCGUGUGUUGAAAGAGCUUUAUUAUAUGACACAAAAUCAAAGCGAAAGAGGGGCAUUGAUAGAGCUUUAACUGAGAUGAUUGUCAAGGAUAUGCUGCCAUAUACCAUCGCUGAAAAUGAAGGCUUUAUAAAAUACACUCAUGUAUUAGAUCCUAGAUACAAGCUUCCAAGUAGCACACAUUUAAGAGAUGUGUUGAUGCUCCACUUGUUUAAAGAAACAUCGGCUAAACUGGCCGUGAUUUUGGAGAAUGUUCCGGAUAUUGCGAUUACGUGCGACUUGUGGACUUCAAGUACUAACGUUAGCUUCUUAAGCGUCACAGGCCACUUCGUUCUUGAUUAUAGCCCGAAAACAGUAUGUUUAGCAAGACAAAAAUUAAUAGAUUCUACAGAUCACUCUGCUCAAAAUAUUGCAAACACCUUGCAAGACAUAUUGAGUUUUUGGAACAUCCUUGAUAAAACUGUUUGUGCUGUCACAAAAAAUUCAAGCUCAAUGUUAGAGGCAUGUGAAAUAUUAAAGAUACAAAAUCAUCCAUGCUUUGCUCACACCUUAAAUUUGGUGGUACAAGAUGGGCUAAAACUCGAAGACGAUGCAAUAAAAGCUUUAUUCGCAAAGUGUAAGACGAUAGUAAAAUUUUUUAAACAAAGUUCAAUAUCGAAUAACAAAUUUAAAAAGGUUCAAGAAAAUUUGGCCUCUAUUUUAUUAGAAGAAUCUCCUUCAAGAUGGAACAGCUUCCACUUUAUGAUAGAGCGCAUAUUAGAAACUCAUGAAGCCAUUAAUGCAGUUUUGUUGCCCAUAACAAGUGCACCGCUGACAUUGAGUUUAGAAGAAAUCAAUAUAUUAAAAGACGUAGAAAUAAUAUUGUCACUUUUUCAGAAAGCAAGCGACAAAAUAUCUGGUGAAAAUUAUGUGUCAUUAGUAAUCCCUGUAGCAUAUGGUCUUUUCCUCAAAGUUCAAGAUCUUUCAUCGCAGUUACAAACUUCGGUAGGAGAAAGAAUGAAAUAUACUAUAUUAAAGUCCAUAACAAAACGUUUGUCUACAUAUGAGCAACGGACAGUGACAAGAAUGGCGACAAUAUUAGAUCCGCGUUUCAAGAAAAAUGGGUUUCAGUUAAAUACGAAUGCUGAAAAAGCUACAAUAUUUUUGCAACACGAGUUGGCGAAUUUCACCAAUAGAGAUACCCCCAUUAACUUAAAUUGGGAAUCGAAUAGAAAAACUGAGGAUUCACUUUUAGAUUUCUUGAAUCAACCAGUCAUCAGUAAACAGGAAAACGAAAAAUCUGAUGCAUUUGUUAUAAAGAGGAAGUAUCUGGAGACACCCUUAGUCCCCCAAAAAACGGAUCCAUUUUUAUGGAUGAAGGCUUCCCAGAUGGAAUUGCCAUUUCUAAAACCUUUGCUUUUUAAGUAUUUAUGCAUCCCCGCAACGUCUGUAGAGUCGGAGAGGCUUCUCAGAAAGGCGGAGCAAAUUGCAUCUGACGGAAGAACAAGGCCUAAAGAAGAAAACUUAAAUGUUCUAUUGUUUUUGAAUCAAAAUCUUUGGAUUAAGUCAAAAUACAAAGCUCUCGAUUAAUAAAUUAAGUAAUUUUAUGAACAUAGUAUAUAUAAA